AUGGCCACUCCUGCCGCCGCCGCGCCUACUACAAGGCCGCCCGGCCGCCCCAACUUCCUCAUCAUUGUCGCCGACGACCUGGGCUUCUCAGACGUGGGCUGCUUCGGCGGCGAGAUCCACACGCCCAACAUUGACAAGCUGGCGGCCAGCGGCGUCCGCUGCACGGGCUUCCACGCGGCGGCGGCCUGCAGCCCGACGCGGGCCAUGAUCAUGACGGGCACGGACCACCACAUUGCCGGGCUGGGCAACCUGGUCGAGUUUACCAACUACACGGGGUGGUCGCGCUUCGACGGCGAGCCGCUGACAGACAGCGGCAAGCCGUUUGACGCGAAGCCGCAGCGCGGCAUGCCCGGCUACGAGGGCUACCUCAACGAGCGGGUCGUCACCGUGGCCGAGGUGCUGCGCGACGCCGGAUACCGCACGAUGAUGGCGGGCAAGUGGCACCUGGGGCUCAAGCCGGAGCGGUCGCCGCACGCGCGCGGGUUCCAGCGGUCGUUUGCGCUGCUGCCGGGCAGCUCGAACCACUUCAACUACCGGCCGCCGGGCGAGGUCGCGCACGGCACGCCGCAGUUUCUGGACACGAGCAUCAUUGCGCUGCACAGCGAGGACGGCGUGUACCAAGAGCUGGACGCGCUGCCGCCCGACUGGUACUCGAGCAACGGCUACGGCGACAAGCUGGUGGCGUACCUCGAGGAGCUGGACGCGGCGAACGCCAGCGCCGACGGCGAGAAGCAGCCUUUCUUUGCCUACCUGCCCUUCUCGGCGCCGCACUGGCCGCUGCAGGCGCCCAAGGCGCACGUCGACCACUACCGCGGCGUCUACGACAAGGGCCCGGCCGUGCUGCGCCAAGAACGGCUGGCACGCAUGGCCGCCCUCGGCCUGAUGGACGAGGACACCGAGGCGCACCCCGUGGUGCUGGACGACGGCAAGACGCAGGCCUGGGAGGACCUGCCGGCCGCCGAGCGCGCCCACUCGGCCCGCGCCAUGGAGGCGUACGCCGGCAUGGUCGAGUGCAUCGACGCCAACGUCGGCAAGGUCGUGGCGCACCUCGAGGCGACGGGCCAGCUCGACAACACGCUCGUCAUGUUUUUGUCGGACAACGGCGCCGAGGGCGCGGCCUACGAGGCGUAUCCGCUCGUCAAGGGCCCGCUGAUGAGCCACAUCCGCGCGCACUACAACAACGCGCUCGACAACAUCGGCGCCCGCGACAGCUUCGUCUGGUACGGCCCGCGCUGGGCCCAGGCCGCCACCGCGCCCUCGCGCCUCUUCAAGCUGUACACGACCGAGGGCGGCGUGCGCGUCCCCUGCGUCGUCAAGGGCCUCGGCGCUCAGCCGGCCGCCAUCAAGCACGAGUUUGCCACCGUCAUGGACAUCAUGCCGACCCUGCUCGACCUCGCCGGCGUCGACCACCCCGCGCCGCUCUACAACGGCCGCCCGGUCGCCGGGAUGCGCGGCAAGAGCAUGGCCGCCUGGCUGCGCGGCGAGGCGCCCUCCACGCACCCGCCCGACUUUGUCCAGGGCUGGGAGCUGUGCGGCCGCGCCGCCAUCCGCCAGGCCGACUGGAAGGCCGUCUUCAUCCCCGCGCCCAAGGGCCCCCAUGCCUGGCAGCUCUACAACCUCAAGGCCGACCCGGGCGAGAUCCACGACCGGGCCGCCGACGAGCCCGACCGCCUGACGGCCCUGCUGGCGCACUGGGACGCCUACGUCGCGGAGUGCGGCGUCGUGCCCCUGCACCCGGAAAUGGGCGCCUACCUCGAGGCCACCGAAGAGCAGAUGGAGGAGAAUGCCUGGAUCGAGUACGAGUACUGGAAGCCGGGCGGGCUCGAGAACAGGGAGGCCUUUUUCCGCACGCCGAAGCGUUUUCAGGACGCGAAGGCCUAG